AUGGCUGCCAGCAUCUACCAUCGUUCCAGGGAUCUUCCUUGGUCAAUUCUUGCUGCCAAUGUGUCCUCUGGUCAUUACCAUGACACUGCUUUGCCCGCUCAUGUCCUUUCGCCUCAACGGAAAUCGUUUGCUCAAGCUCUACAGAAUGUUUGUGACGUUCCGGUAGGUAACUUUCCUAAACCGUGCUUAAAAGGAAAGAGGUUAUCUAUUAAAAUUCCAGAGGAUUCUUACAAAGCGGGUUUGGAUAGAUGCAAGAACAAUCUCCAUGGCCGUUUGAUCAUGGCUAAGGGAGAUAAGCCUUUACGUUUACAUGAAAUUCGCGAGAAGCUCACCAAAGCUUGGGCUCCGGUAAAUAAAUGGCAAAUCACUCCGUUGGGGAAGGGCUUUUAUGAGUUUUAUUUUCAAAAUUGUGAAGACCUCAAUCGGGUUUGGAGCAUCAGAACAUGGAAUCUUAAGCCGGGUUUGUUACGUCUGUCUGCUUGGUCCAGUGACUUUAAACCUGAAAACUUGAAGGUUACUAAUGCUCAAAUUUGGAUUCGUAUUUAUGGUCUGCCACAUGAAUAUUGGAUGCCUACGACUCUUUUUUCCAUUGCAUCUGGAAUAGGUACACCUCUUUCUUUGGAUGAAGCAACUAAACAGCGCACCAUGGGUCACUUUGCGCGCAUUUUGGUUGAUGUGAAUCUUGCUGAGGAGCUGCAUUAUCAGAUUCUUGUUGAAAGGGAAGGCUAUGCCUUCUUUGUUGACAUAGAUUAUGAAAACUUGCCAUAUUUUUGUGAACACUGUUGCUGCAUUGGCCAUUCUAUUGACAAGUGUAGAAACGUUAACAACAAGGCAAAGGACCAAAAGAAAAAUGUGGAGAAGGUUGUUCCUAACAAACCUACUCCAAAAUUUGUCCCGAAGCAGAAAAAUAAGAACAAUGAGCCUGUUCAGGACAAUGAGAAAAUAAAUGAAGAAAUCUCUGAUUAUGAAUCUUUACAUCCCGAAUCUGAUCAAGAGAAUGCGGAAGUGGUGAAAGACACUUUUGUAGAACCUAUAAUGAAUAAGGAGAUGCGUGCAGAUAAUGGAAAUCAUGCUGACAUGAUUGUGAAGCAUGCAGAAAAUGACAAAAAUGUGGAUGUCACUGUGGAUCAUGCACAACAUCAUGAAAUUCUGAAUCCUCGGAUAGUAGAGCAAACAAGGGACAUUCCAGUUGUUCAUGAGAAAGACCGCCAAUUAGAUAAGAAUCCAUCAUCAUGGGCAGAUGAAGUUGACGAUUCACAUGAUGAAGGAGGGGAAUACACUGUUGUAACCUCAAAGAAAGGUAGGGGUAAAAAUAAAAAAUAUACUCCUAAACCUGAUUUACACACCCGGUCUAGGACGGGUAGCCAACUUAAUUCUUUAUGA